AUGUCUGAGACUCCCAUCGGUGGAAACCAGCAGGGUCCCACGAACGAGACAGAGUCCGUGUCUGAUAUCAUUCCACUCGGGCCUGGAGCCCUGGCUGUUCACCUUGGCUCCUCUAGCCGUCUGAGUCUACCACACGACCCAGACCUACAAGAUUCAGAAACGCCUGCUCAAGGCACCACCUUCCCCAGUCGCGACGUCAAAAAGAGAUAUCGAUGGCGGCUCUACGCAAUCGUAGAAUAUGAGGGGUUCCAGAUAUCUUCAGAGGCGACAUAUGUCAGGGUUCCUGGGUCGGUUUCUUGGGCGUUGUUCGAACGGCCACUAAAGUUUGACGUCUCUACCUCUCCUUCUUCCGAAAUGACAGUGUCCAUGUUCGCCAGGGACAGGAACUUUGAUAAAUCAAUGUCAUCAGGAGGAUAUGAAACCCAGGUCAUACCCCUUGGCUUAGUGAAAGUGAACCCGUUCCUGAUUCGGAGAAAUGGACCGGGGUCUCACAAUGGUGAGUAUCGCAUAGACGUGCAAAAUGGUACGGGUACCCUGACAAUUUCGACUUCGUACUCAAAGGAAGAAAUACCGACAUUGGAGACGAAGGAUAUGUGGACUGUCUGCAAUGAAGGUGGCGUUCAUGAUCAUGGUCUUGUCUACGUUGAGAAUCUUGAUUUUGUAUAUGUUGAAAAGAAAGACACCGGUCGAAGCUAUGGCAUGCAAGCUGUAGAUUCCUGCAUCUGCAGUCAUAUUGCUGAUCCUGGGGCUGACGUGGGCAUCAAUACAUUACCCAGCCCCAAUCUCCGCUCUGGGAUCCAGCAUCCUUUCAUUGCACCGCCCAAAUUUGCCUUCAAGUCGGUCAAGGGGGGCGUGAAUCUCCUUUCGCCGCUAGCUAGCGGUGGAUACCUCUUUGAUCAAUUGCAAAAAGAGCGGCGGUUUGGGCUUGACAAAACUAGCUUUUAUGCCGCACAACUGGUCUGUGUUCUGGAAUAUCUGCAUAGUAAACAUAUCACUCUCGCCUCUCUGAGGCCUGAGAAUAUCCUCCUAGAUUCCUCUGGCAACAUUAGCCUAUGCAAGCCUGGGAUUUUUGGCUUCGAAUCGUUACAGAAUACGAGGGAUGGUGACGGGCACCGCACAAUACCUGGGACACCAGAGUACCCAGCCCCCGAGAUUCUUAUCCACGACUGCAAGCCUUCCCCACCAGUGGAUUGGUGGAAUUUGGGGAUUCUUCUCUAUGAGAUGUUAAUUGGCAUUCCCCCGUUCUACAGCAAGAAUGACAACGAGAGAAGACAUAGAAUUAUUGGACAAGAACUACAUCUCCCUGAGAGCUUGCCGUCAACCGUCAAAGACAUUCUAACCAGGCUUCUUGACAAAGACCCCACAAAGCGCCUGGGUGCAAAUGGAGCCGCCGAAGUGAAGUCCCACCUAUUUUUCCAUAAUCUGAAAUGGACUGAGUGCUUUCAGCGGAAAAGCCUGACCCCUUUCAAGCCUCACGACGCCACAACGGUCUUUGUGCAGAAAUCUGCAGGAGAUUUGUACAAAGAAACGGACUGGACUGCCAUGCUUUCUAUGUUUAACUACCCAGCAGACUGGCCACAGCAGAUUCGAGAAAGCCGGGCCGCAGAAAAGGAAGCUUUACUAAGCCGUGGAGAAGAUGAUAGAUGGGAUCUAGUGUGGGAUGUGACAGUCCAAGAAUUCCAUUUCAAAAAUCGCUUCACCGGUGAGAAAGCUCCUGCUAAGCCCGAAGAAACAAUAUAUCAACGCAAGCCGCCACCUCCACCACCGACGGAGCAUCCCAGUGAGCGCCAGAAAGAGGACGCACUCGGGGCUGCAUUGGAAGCUAAAUACAGCAAGCGCGUCAUCUUACAAAUCCUUGAAUACAGUCCAAACUUGGAUGCAAAUGUUCUGUACUUCGAGUAUACACCCACUAACUCACAGCUUUUAACGGAUCAGACUUACGCAAGCCCUGUUACACCACUCGAAUGGGCCGUUGAGCACGAAAGAUUAGAUCUUGUGAAUCUCUUCUUGGACCACGGUGCUAACGUGGACUCAACCCAUUCCCCAAGAGACGGACCAGCUCUGCUUAAAGCAGUCAGAAAACGAAACACCGUGUUAGUUGAGAUUCUCGUGCAAAAGACCAUCGACCGCGUUUCCCGCACAAGGGCUCUUGCGCUCGCGGUUGAGCAGGAGGACACCGCAGCCGCUACCAUUCUCUUAACAGAUGGUGUCUACUGCGACUUUGAAGAGUCGGAUCGACCUUUUCCAGAAGAUCCCUUGGCAUACCGACGCUGGGACUCCCAAGACCUGACGCUUUUACGAGCAGAGGACCUUACGCCGCCUCUUAUCCGAGCAGCCAGGCUGGGCAACGCCGCUCUGGUCAGAUUGCUCCUUGCGCACGGGGCCGAUGCCAACAUUUCGUACCAUGAGUUAGGCGGUCGUGGCCGGCCUCUUCCUGUCUAUGGAUUUGAAAGGACCGAUAUCUUGAUACCAGCCAAUUUCUCCUGCGGAAGAGCUGUACAAAUAGCGAUGGAAAUGGGACAUUCUGAGGUCGUCGACUUGCUCCUCGAUGCGGGGGCAGAUAUCCAUCUUGAGCACUCCGCUUGGCCAAUUCCCGCCUGGCCUGUUCCGGGUCAUACCUGCCAACCAGUGCCAAGGGCUGUGUAUGUCGAGGUGACAGCUGGUCUGGAGGCAGCGGCGGCAGGGAGGAAAGUGAGUAAAGAAUAG